AAAGAUGUAUGUAUAGAAGUCAAUAUGUUACUUAACGGGCUCUAAAAAGUUUACGGGCCAAAGGUCCCCCAAAAAAAGAAAUGAGAUCCAUUAUUGCGGUGAUGAGACAAGGAGCAUAUUUCGUUCAGGCAAUACGUCGAACACCUUGCGUGACAUCUUCGCCUGCGCUGGAUCAUCCCAAUUUCCAAGCUUCGAGCUUUCUCACGACAUUAAUAUCGUCUCCGAAAUCUCCUGAAGAGAGAUGUAUCGGGUCGGACGGAGAAGAAGAGCGCGACAAGUGUUUGUCUCUGAGAAUCGAGAAGCUCCCGAAGGGAGUUACUGUUGGGUCUGCGUUACAGAGCUGGAUGGGAGAUGGGUUUCCAGUUCAUGGUGGAGAUGUUUAUCACGCAAUUAACCGAUUGAGGAAACUCGGACGAAACAAACGUGCCCUUGAGUUGAUGGAGUGGGUGAUCAGGGAACGACCUUACCGUCCUGGUGAGCUAGAAUACUCCUACUUGCUGGAAUUCACAGUCAAACUUCAUGGCGUCUCGCAAGGGGAAAAGCUUUUCAUCCGUGUCCCUCAAGAGUUUCAGAACGAGCUUCUUUACAACAACCUUGUGAUUGCUUGUUUAGACCAAGGUGUCAUAAGGCUUGCACUAGGUUAUAUGAAGAAGAUGAGAGAACUCGGUCAUCGUACAUCCCAUUUGGUCUACAACCGUCUUAUCAUUCGCAACUCAGCUCCCGGACGAAGAAAGCUUAUCGCGAAAGACCUUGCGCUCAUGAAAGCUGACAAGGCGAUUCCUCAUGUCUCAACAUAUCAUAUCUUGAUGAAGCUGGAGGCUAAUGAACAUAACAUUGACGGGGUGCUAAAGGCUUUUGAUGGUAUGAAGAAAGCUGGAGUUGAGCCGAACGAGGUUUCUUAUUGUAUAUUGGCUAUGGCACAUGCUGUUGCGAGAUUGUAUACAGUUGCUGAAGCCUAUACUGAGGAAAUAGAAAAAUCUGUCACAGGGGAUAACUGGUCGACCUUGGAUAUAUUGAUGAUUCUCUAUGGGCGUUUAGGGAAAGAAAAAGAGCUGGCGAGAACGUGGAAUGUCAUCAGAGGAUUUCAUCAUGUUAGAUCCAAGAGUUACUUGCUGGCAACCGAAGCGUUUGCGCGAGUAGGGAACCUUGACAGAGCUGAAGAGCUCUGGUUAGAGAUGAAGGACGUAAGAGGACUUAAAGAAACUGGGCAAUUCAACUCUAUGCUCUCUGUAUACUGCAAGGACGGUUUGAUAGAGAAGGCAAUCAGUGUGUUCCGAGAGAUGGUGGGAGACGGGGUUAAGCCUAAUUCCAUAACUUAUAGACAUCUUGCUCUAGGAUGUGCUAAAGCCAAACUGAUGAAGGAAGCUCUCAAAAACAUUGAAAUGGGUUCGACUCUAAAGACAAGCAAAAGCGUAAGAAGCUCAACACCAUGGCUGGAGACGACUCUAUCAAUCAUCGAAUGUUUUGCAGAGAAAGGUGAUGUAGAGAACACAGAGAAACUGUUUGAAGAGGUGAAGAAUGCAAAGUAUAAUAGGCAUGCGUUUGUGUACAAUGCUCUGUUCAAAGCUUAUGUUAAGGCCAAGGUGUAUGACCCUAAUCUGUUCAAGAGGAUGGUUCUUGGUGGAGCUAGGCCUGAUGCUGAGUCAUACAGUUUGUUGAAACUAGUUGAACAGUAUAAACCCUGACUGAAAUCAGACCUUCUCUUGUCAAUGUUAUCUACACCAAUGUUGACAUGCUUCGUACCCUAACCCCAAGUACACUAGACUAUUUGUAUUGUCGAACCUGAAACGCGAGAGAAGUAAAGGUUACUAGUGGAACAA